AUGGGCCCACCGAACGGCAUUCAUGGAACGAACGAGACGUUGGCUCCAACAAUUCGUUCGGUUCUUGCCGAUGUUGUCAAGAAGGUUGUUGAGGAAGAGACUAGACAAGGCUGUUCGUCUGUUGUCGCUCGUAUGUUGAGCAAUGCCGAUAAAGCGUGGGCAGAAUAUUGCCACAGGGCCGGCAUAGACAGGGACACCCCCUUGGGUUCCCCUUUCCUUCCCGAUGACGGAUCAGGCGAAGAGGCGUUGCGCGCCCAAAAGCCGGCCGAUCGUCUGCCAGCACGGAAGAUGCUAUCUGCUACUGCAACAGUCGAAGAUGGCGGAAGCCACACAGCCGGCACUGGCAACUUGGUCGCACCCCUGGCACUACGACCCAAGUGCAACGAGGCCCAACGCCCGGCACCAAUGAUGCGCGCUUUGCGAUAA